ACCUAAACGGCUUCCAGAUUCCUCCGACUUUAUUUGUUCAGUACAAAAACGGUGGCUAGAGAUCUCAAUCAGCCAUUUUUCUGGAGGAUUCUUUGCAGUAUUUUGGGACUGGCUAUUUCUGAAGGGCAUCUUACUGUCAUGCAUGUCGUUUCUUCCGACACACAUGCCUCCCUCCAGAAAACCAGUCCUGGAGGUUCGUUUCGUGAAGAAGCCACAUGACCUAAAAUGGGACGAUGUCCAUGCUUUGAAGGACCUCUGUUUUCAACCUGUGAAGGGCGAUGACGAUGAUAUUGUGUUUCUGCAGGGAACACUAACUGUCGCUUGCCAGCUGAGGGAGAAGAGUCCCAAAUCAGAGGUUAUUCAGUUCAGCGAUAUCAGGACGCAAACGAAAGUGACAAAGUACUUUGAGCUCGAUCUGACCGAGGAGAGUGAUGAGACAUUAGUGGUACUUGAAGUGGUUCAAACCUCUACACAGACGAUCAAAUUCAACACGCGUUUCCAAGCAACAACAAACGUGGCAAUGACACCAGUAAGAGGAGCAGCAUUCUGUCCAAUGGAUGCCAGAUCACAAUCAGCAGAGGUGCCAACGCUCUCAGGAGAAGUAACGGAUGAGAAGAUCACCAAGUUAUCCAAACUUUUACCUGACGGAAAAUACAGCGAACUGUUCGAAAACUUGGGAUUCAAGUACGACCACAUACAGAAGAUAUUGAAGAAAAGUUUCAUGGACUCGACGGCUGCUUCCAAAGAACUGUUGCACGAAUGGAAAAACAAGGGUGGAUCCACGAAGGAUCUCGAUGCAGCUUUGAGAAAAGUUGACCUUGGAGGGCUUGUACCUGAAUACAAGAAGUAG